UGUAGCGGACAGCACGUGUUUUCUCGAAGCUGGUCUCAUUGGCGAGACCUGAAUGAAGACACGAUGUUGGCCAAAAGGAUGCAGUUUUUCCGGAGCGUAUCGAAACCAAGAAAGAGUCGCCAAAUGAUGAAGCCGCGCAGUUGGGCAAGGGGAACAACGUUGGAAAGCAUCUCUCACGGGCUUCAACUUGAGAAACUAGAUGAUCCAAACAAACUUGACGCGGGCUGUUUUAUGGUGCGGCAGUUCUGCCACUUGGCGCGGCUUUGCAGAUUGAUGGGUUGCUUCCACAUCGGAGACCUCAACGAGCAAGCUAUGACCAGGGCGUCAAUCAAGUGGAGAACUCCUUACGUCGUUUAUUCGGCAGUCUGGCUAUUCUUCGUUCUUUUCCUUCAAGGAUUAGUACUGGGUAACAAAAUUAGCCGCUUGACUUCCAGCGCGACGUUCACGAAGGCUCUCGUAGUUACGGUUCGCCUCUUUGCGUUGGCCAACGCUCUGGCUAACAUCUAUUGCAUCACGAUUCGGGCAAACGGGCUCCUAGAGUUUCUUAGAAAAGCGGCCCGUUUCGAAACACUCAGCGGCUUUCCUCCUCCGAGUCGCCGAGCUGUCGCAUCCAGGCGUCGUUGCUUCUUCGUGUUUCAAAAAGUGGCGAAGUUAGCAGUCGCCGUGGCCGCUUUCGCUGUUCUUCUGACGGCCCUGUUCGGGCCUUCUUCUCUGGCGAGCGUCAGGUAUCGGUGGAACGUCGUGAUCAAGAUUCUGAGCGCGUUCGCCGACGUCGUGUUCAUUUUCUACGAGUCGGUCAUGUAUCUCGUCUUGAGCUGCGCUGCCGAAGUUCUCGUGCACUAUAUGAAGGCCCAACUGCGAGCCUUCGACAACUGCCAGCGGUGUGUCAGAGCAGCGCCCUGCAAGGCUGACUUGGCUCUCGAAGUUGAAGCUAUACGCGGUAGCGUGUCCAGUAUCAGAGAAAUGAAGGCGUGCCUCAACGACAUGUGGAACCCGGCCAUACUGACGUCAUCAGUGUGCCUCUUGUGGUCACAGUGCAUCAGCCUUUACUGCCUCUUCGCCGAUAGAGCAGCUCGCCUUGACGUGUGGUUGGGGUUCUUCUACAGCUGGUACUGCUCUCUCAGAUUUCUAGAACUAGCAGUCAUCAGCCACGACCUACGAAUGGAGGCCCAGAAUAUAAAAGAUGCGACCAAGAACGUGACCAUGGCGGGCGCGACAAGCACCUACUUACGUCAAGUUCGCUACCUGCAUGACACAAUAGAUCCCGCUGCCAUGUGCCUUACCGGGGCAAGCUUUUUCCGCCUUGACAGACCUCUCCUGGUAUCGAUUGCGGGUGCGGUGAUAACAUACACUGUCAUAGUGGUGCAGACCAACGAACAACUAGUCGGUGACUUGGCCGCCAACGUCACGAUGGCGGUAACCUAGCGCAACAAACGGUGUCAUAUAAUUAACCAGGAAGAAUAUGCGUUAGCGACUCUUUUUAAGUAAUAAUUUAUGCACUAUUAUUGGAGAAAGAAGCAGAAGACUCGCAGAAAGGACGACGACCAACAAACAGGAAACUGCC